AUAGUAAACAUUUUUGAAUUUCACGACGCGGCUUUUUAUUCUUUUCGAUUUUUACUGGCUCUCACAGUCUAGAGGAUCAAAACGGAUAGUUUCGAUAGCAGUUGAACAACGUCUCGAUGAACAGUGUAGUGCAGGUCUGUCAGAAUAGUUUGUGCCCAAUAAUUUAUAUAUGUUGUUAAAAAGUGUUAGUCGUACCAAUCAUAUCCCGAACACUCAAUGUAACAAGAUUUGAACUUUUAUGCAUACAAGAAGCUCCAAAUGUACAAAACGGCAACAGGUUUUAACGAAGAAAGGUAGACAGUUCCACCCUUGAAAAAGGCAAAAUACAAAGUGCCGAAACGUUGCUUCAACAAUUCAAAGACAAUGACAUCGACGACAAUUAAAUCAGAACCGGAACAUCAUGGAACUCCUUCCAAAGUUUGUCGGCUUUGUUUGAAUGACGAUUCACCGCUGGUCAAUGUGUUCGCAAAAGAGCAUCUCCAUCGAUGGAUAUCGGAUUUCCUUUCGAUUGCGAUAUCAACGAGCGAUCGCAUGAGUCAAUCAAUUUGCGCAGGCUGUCAAAAGUACCUGACGGAAUUCGAAGAAUUCUGGAGAAGCUGUCAUGAAGUUCAAGGCAUCUUACAGUCUCUGCUGGAGGGUGAAAAUGACGAAGCAGGAGCGGGACUAUCUGUGCAGCCAAGCCAUGCACCGAAAGAAUUGGAGCAGGGUGCACGCCGCGGGAAUUCACCAGCGACAUGUAAAAAUCCGGACAACUGUACAGAAAUUCAGCAGAAAACUAAGACAAAUUCGUUAGCACUGUUUGAAAUAAAGGCUGAGCCAUACGACGAAUCCUAUUUCAUGACCGGAACCGAGGAAACAUCUGAGCCUAAAAAAUUUGAGCAGGAUGCAGACCAGGCACAGUCGAGCCCCAUGGAUGAUGAUAUGAUUGAAACGCAUGAUGUGAAAAUCGAAAUUCAUUCCGACAGUGAAGAGGCAAGCGAAGAAGAGUUGCUGGAGGAAUACCAAAGCUCAGGUUCAAGUAUAGUUUACAAAAAAAAGAAAAAGCGAAGAAAAAAUACAUUUAUAUGCGGUAAAUGCCAGAAGAGGUGUACGAACAAGGAACACCUCCAUCAACACGAUGUUUUUGUACAUAACCCGAAAAGUCACAAGUGCCAUCCCUGUGAAUUAGGAUUCGUUCAUAAGAUAAAUUUGAUUAAGCACGAGCGCUCUCAAAAACAUUUGAAAAGAGUGCGAGCAUUGAAAUUACCCAAAAAUUACAAAAAAAAUCUUCAUGAUGAUCAUGAGACAACUCACAACGAAGCACCAAUAGUAAAAAAUCCAGAUGCAGACCACCACAUAACACCUGGAGUCGUUGUUCCAGACACCAACGGAAAUGCUUCUAACGACAAACCAACUCAAGCCAAAGCAGCAACUGAUAGUGAUCCCCAGUGGGAAUGCGAUAUAUGCCAUAAAUCAUAUUCUAGUUAUGUAAAUCUGUACCACCACAAAAGAACACACUUGGCACCGAAGUACUUCUGCCCGAUAUGUGGCAAGCCUUUUUUGAAACGGGUUCUUAUGAAACGGCACAUUCACACGCAUGAAAUAAAGCCGAAACAAAAACCCGCUCCAAGGCGUAAACUGGACGAUGAAAAUGCGGACAAGCCAUUCGAGUGCGACAUAUGCCAGAAGACUUUCCAGCUGAAAAGCACUCUGCAUAAUCACAAACGGAAAGUACACGCACCGCUAGCUUUCGCCUGCCGUAUUUGCGAUAUAAUGUUUAAAACCCGGUAUCAUAUGGAACGUCAUGCACGAUGUCAUAAUCGUAUGUAAGAUUUACUUUUCACGCGACUUCAGAGAUGUACCUAAGAGACGCAGAUUAUCAAGGAUUUGGAUGAUCGAAUUUCAAUUAUAUGCACUAAAGUUACCCCAGAAAUCAGACGAAGAAGGAAACAGAAGCAACAUUGGAUGUGAAUCGUUAGUCUCCCAUAUAGCUAUUUUGUCCACGGUCUCUAUCGUAAAACACAUUUUUCAAAACAAUUAACAAAUCUAUGGAAUUGCGAUUGUAAGUUGCGAAAAAAACUUUGAGUUCUGGAUUGAUCCAGUAAUAAAUAUCGAACAAUAAUAUAAAAGAGUAAAUAAUAUUAACGCAAGCACUGGAAAUUUUGGAUGUGAAAAAAAAAUCGAACGAAUUAAUCGAUAUUGUUCGAUUUGUCCUGCAGCAUUCCAUUGAUCUCAUACCUAAACUUUUUAUCAGAGUGUAAAACCGUGUAACUCAGUAAACUAGUCAUUACUAUAAAUAAGUGAUACGAUUGGAGUUGGAUUAGAAUGUUGUGUAUUUGUUUUAAAUGUGCGUACAAGGUUAGUGUUUAGCAGUAUGUAUGCCUAAUAAACUAAAAAGAAUCAUCAACGUCAACGUCAAAAACAUGUUUUAUUUC